AUGACGCACGACGAGUUCUUGCAGUAUGUUGCUGCUCUGCAGCAGUCACCGCUGCAGCAACAGUACUUGCAGCAGUACUACGCGCAACAGCCGGCGCAGCUUCCGGCGCAGCUUCCGGCGCAGCAGUAUCACGUGCAGCCAGCGCAGCACUUGCAGUACUACGUGCAGCAGGCGCCGGCACAGACGACGAUGGUGUACCUGCCUGCCGACGCGUUCCCAGGGAUGACGUGCCAGGUGCAAGCGGGGGGCCGCCUCGUCAGCUUCGAGGUGCCCGCCGGGUGCGGCCCAGGCAGCGCGGUGCAGGUCAGCUACUGA